UUCACGCGGGCGGCGCGGGGUCGGCGCGUGCGGGGCGGGGAGUGACGCAGGGAUGCGGCCGGCAGGGGCCCUACGGCUGGUGCGGUUCCGGGGUCCCGGGGGGGCUGAGCCCCGUCUGGGGCUGGAGGAAGGUCCCGGGGGGGCCCUGCUGGACCUGAGCGCAGCCGAGCCAGGGCUGCCCCGCUCCAUGCGCGCCCUCCUGGAGAGGGGCCCCCCGGCGCUGGCGGCAGCGCAGAGGGCGCUGGAGUCGGGGGGGCACCGGGUGCCGCGGGAGGCGGUGCGGCUGCUGGCACCCGUGGGGGACCCGCAGAAGGUCAUCGCCGUGGGGCUCAACUACCGCGACCACUGCCUGGAGCAGGACGUCAAGGUCCCCAAGGAGCCCAUCAUCUUCAGCAAGUUCCCCAGCGCCAUCAUCGGCCCCUUUGAUGACAUCGUGCACCCUGAGGACAGCAGCGAGGUGGACUGGGAGGUGGAGCUGGCUGCCGUCAUCGGGAAGGAGGGGCGGCACAUCAAGGAGUCAUCAGCAAUGGACCACAUCGUGGGCUUCACGGUGGCCAACGACGUCAGUGCCCGGGACUGGCAGAUGAAGAGGAACGGGAGGCAAUGGCUGCUGGGGAAAACCUUCGACACCUUCUGUCCCCUGGGGCCAGCUCUUGUCACCAAGGAGGCGGUAGCAGAUGUCCACAACCUGAGAAUCCGCUGCAGCGUCAACGGGCAGCUGAUGCAGGACAGCAGCACCAGCCAGCUCAUCUUCAGGCUGCCCAAACUCAUCGCCUGGAUCUCCCGGUUCGUCACGCUCGUCCCCGGGGACAUCUUGCUGACGGGAACCCCUCCUGGUGUGGGGGUCUUUCGAAAGCCCCCCGUGUUUCUGAAGAGAGGAGACAAGGUGCAGUGCGAGAUCGAGGAGCUGGGCACCAUCUGCAACAAGGUGGUGUGAAGACAGAGACGCCACAUCUCACCCCGAUUCAGCUGCCUUAACCGCCCCCCGGUGCAAUAAAUCCACCAGCUGGGUCGGUA